AUCUCUGCUAGGAUAUCUUCCCUUCAACCGAGCGUGGAUAAUGAUGUGAGCAGGAAAUGGCUGAGAAACAAGUCAAGACUUCCUUCCUUUUCGUUCGACUGCAGACUCCAACCACAUCAGUUGGACACGCCAGAUCAAAAUGCACAGAGAGCAAAGCUGGACGCGAACUUGGCUCCGUCUUCGCCGGCCAUCGGCUGGCUUCACCCUCAGACAUCGGAGGCGUGGCUGCCGGCUGCCAAGACAACCUCAGGCAGCUCUGCGAGGGCUUGUCUGGUGAUGGGCAACGUGAACGAGGCGGUGGCCACCUACGGCCAGAUGUUCGGUGCUGUGGAUCGUGCCGGAGCAGCAGCAUCAGCACCAGCGGUGCAUGCGGGUUUGGCGCAAGGGUAAGCCUGUCUCCCCCACUCCCACCCUCAGCCGGCUCCCCUGGCGGACAGACUGUCAACUCCCUGGAUCUAGUGACCUCCCAGAAGAGUCUGCAGUCCGGAGGCUGGAGUGUGGGCUCGGAGCAGACUCCGAGGCUGCUUCCCCCUUCAGGGUCUCCGCCUGGAACCUCAGCAGCCGGCCCCUGGAGCACGCCCACCACGUAUCAUGUGUCCAGUUCCAGGAAGGACGGCGUCCGGUGGAAAGUACAAGUCAGCAAGCCCAACCUGGUGGAGGCGCCCAUCUUUCGCAAAUCUCCCCUCUCAAUGAGUCAGCGAUUCACUUCUGGGGUUGUGGAUUGGUCUCCCAGAUCGACGAGCACACCGGACAGGGCAUGUGCCCCUUACAACCCAGCUCCCGGGCUCUCUGGAACAGCUAGCUCUCCAACAUGUCCCAACACGCUCCAAAAGACUGAGACAUUUUUCUGGAUCAACAAGACGUCUCCGCACGCACAGAGUGUCGCAAAGGCUAAAUAUCAAUUUUUAUUUGGCACGCCCGCAAAAGACGACUCUUUGGAAAGGGGUUGCUUCCGGUCACCAGGAGAGGAUAGGUGCAUGAACACCAGAUUCCCCGUGGAGCAGAGGGCCAGGGAGGCUGACGACCGAAUCUGGGUGCCUGGAUUGGAUGCUGGGUUGUGGGAGCAGGACCAGACCACGCAGGACACCGGGGACGAGAGGCAGAAGACCACGGGCGAGUCCCCGCCAGGAUGCUCCGGCGUCUCCAGCAGCAUGGUGCUAAUGAUGGCAGGCUCCAGCCAUGGGCGCGCGGUGACUGACUCAGAGGAGACCCGUCCCAGGCGGACCACGGGGGAGCUGAAGCCCAGCCAGAGACGAGGAGCGGAGACGACAGCGGUGAGAGGGAUUGCGGAGGUGCUGGUCAGCACGACCCAGGUGGCGACAGCCGCCAUGUUUUCGGCCAUCCAGGGCCAGCAAGCCGAGCUGCGGCAACUGGGCCGGGGGACGGUGGCUUCGGGGGAGAGCGAACUGGUGAUGCGAGCGGGGGGCGAGAGGGGCCGGCAGGAGUUUGCCGGUGGCGACAAAGAAACAACACAGACUCCAUCCUUGGCCCACAAGGACAUCGGCCUUGUGGUGUUGGAGGAAGGAGGUGCCCAAGGACUCCCUCGUGCGGAGGGGCGCACCGGAGUAUUGUCAGAGAAGGUCAGAGGAUCACGGCCGACAAAGGACAGUGAGGUGUCGCCAACACUGGUGAGCAAACACACUGAGACCAUGGAACCGAGCCCAGCACUCGGCCUUACCAACGAUAAGGACAAGGGGCAAGGAAGCCAGUUUAGAAACAACGGUACCAGUGGAACGUCCAGGGACAGUGAGAAAGUUCCCUUGAGUCCAGCUCAGUCUGAAAUCAGAAGUGACGAGGACGACGAUGUUUUUGUGAGCGCUCGAGAGAGCGAACAGAGUGUAACGAGCGAAACUUCCAAGGGCAACAAAUCAGCAAAUUUACUGAUGCUGGCAGAAAUGAACGAACCUGAAUUUGAAUACUCGUGGACCUCACAGAAUGAGGUGACGGACAUUUUCAGCUCACAGUUUGAACACAUCAUGGAGUGCCAGCAGCUGAAGGGCACCUCUUACAACAGCCUGGACUCACUGGACAUGAUCUCUUCCACGGAUGAGAGCGAAUGCGGCUUCAGCUUUGAGAUGCCUCUCACCCCCUUGAUUCAGCAGCGGAUCAAGGAAGGUAGCAGUCAGUUCCUGGAGGACGGGCUCUUGGAGACUGCCCCUGGCGGUAGAGCACUGCAGCGCCUUGUUACAGACUUAAAUGGCACUUCAGAGAGCAGCACAGAGGAGCAGACAAGUGCCAGUGUGUCAGACAAUGCAUUCCACAAAUAUUCUCCAAGUUCCCUUGUAAACGGAGCACCUCAUCAUUUGGAAAUGCACGAGGAAAGGCAGGAAGGGUAUUCUACCUCGAGUGAGUGUGGCCUGAAAGAAAUGCGCCCGGAUGGGGACUUUGAAAUGGGCAGCACAGAGCAGUCAUCACUCCACUGCGGCACUGAUGUGGUGACCAAUGGCAAUAAGAGUGACCUGGAGGCAGCCAGGAGGUUGGCCAAGCGGUUGUACAAUCUAGAAGGGUUCAAGCGAUCCGAUGUGGCACGACACUUGGGUAAAAAUAAUGAGUUCAGCAAGUUAGUAGCAGAAGAAUACCUCAGAUUUUUUGACUUCACUGGGUUGACCUUGGACCAGUCCCUAAGAUUUUUCUUGAAAGCAUUUGCACUAAUGGGAGAGACUCAGGAGCGAGAGCGGGUUUUAAUCCACUUCUCCAACAGAUAUUAUCAGUGUAACCGGGGCUCUAUUCCUUCACAAGAUGGGGUCCAUUGCCUUACUUGUGCACUGAUGCUAUUGAAUACAGAUCUCCAUGGCCAUAAUAUUGGGAAGAAGAUGACCUGCCAAGACUUCAUUAACAAUUUGGAUGGAUUGAAUGGAGGAAAGGACUUCCCGAAAGAACUAUUAAAGGCAUUGUACAAUUCAAUCAAGAAUGAAAAGCUGGAAUGGGCAAUAAAUGAAGAAGAGUUGAGGAAGUCUCUCUCUGAGCUUGCGAAUGACAAGACAGAUAAUGCUGGAUCCAAGACCAGCAAUCGCAUUGGCUCCAGUGCUAAUCCAUUCCUUGACAUUCCACAGGAUCCCAAUGCUAAAACGUACAAAGCUGGCUUUCUCUCUCGAAAAAUUCAUGCAGAUAUGGAUGGAAAGAAAACUCCUAGGGGAAAAAGAGGUUGGAAGACAUUUUACGCUGUGCUCAAAGGCAUGAUUCUUUACCUACAGAAGGAUGAAUACAAGCCAGAGAAAAAUUUGUCAGAAGAUGACUUAAAAAAUGCAGUCAGCAUACAUCACACACUGGCGAUAAAAGCUACUGAGUAUGAGAAGCGACCCAACGUGUUCAAGCUGAAAACGGCCGACUGGAGGGUCUUCCUUUUCCAAGCACAAAGCCCUGAAGAAAUGGAGUCUUGGAUAAACAGAAUGAACCUAGUCGCGGCUAUGUUUUCUGCCCCUCCAUUUCCAGCUGCCAUUGGUUCCCAGAAGCGGUUCAGCCGUCCCCUUUUGCCAGCCACCACCACCAAGAUGUCACAGGAAGAUCAGAUGAAGUCACACGAGGCCAAGCUGAAGCAGAUAUCCACUGAGCUCACUGAACAUCGUUCUUACCCACCCGACAAGAAGGUCAAAGCCAAGGAAAUUGAUGAGUACAGACUGAAAGAGCACUACCUGGAAUUUGAGAAAACCCGGUACGAGACCUAUGUUCAGCUCCUGAAGGAAGGAGGGCAGGAGAUACUGAACAGUGUGGAGAACGACGGCAGUGGGAUGAAAAAGUCGCACUCCAGCCCUUCACUGAACCAAGAGAUGUAUCCUGUAAACGCAAAAGUCAAGCGCAAUGUCUCGGAAAGAAAAGACCAUAGGCCUGAUACAGCCAACAACAAGCAGAAGUCUUAAUUCCACAGCAGGAAUACACCUCCCAACCCCAGCCACCAAAACGUAACCAAGUGACGCAAUCUGUGACUUGUAUAUUUUUGUGUAAAAUAUUAUUUAGAUGUCAACUUUUUGGUAACAGAAAUUGUGAGUAUGUGACUGAUACGCUAGUCCUUCAUUUGCAGACACUCCUAUAGCUUCUAAUAUAUUUUUUUGGUUGUUUGUAGAUUGACUUUUUUUUAAAUAUUGCCUUAAAGAGACAGACUCCUAUGUGUUGACCUGCUAUUUUAAAAACCAUUGAAGGUCAUUCAGUCCAAGGUUUACACAAGGUGGCUAUCAAUGAUUGCCAGCCUACAUAUGGAUACAUGUCAUUUCCCAGACAGGGAAAUGACAUUGGCUGCAUUUUAGUGUACGCGUGUGUAUGAAGUCGGGAACAAGGUGGCUGCUGACCUUUGCAGUCCUUUUUUUGUCAUUUCUAAUAGUUUAAAUUAUUUAAGCCAAACACUCACAAAGAAAGUGGAGUUAAGUGAAGGUUUCUCUGGGUGUUUUUAUUUGUAAAGAAACAUGGCUUUGUACAGUGUAGCUUUCUUGAGAUCAACAAAAAGCAUUCUCUUUAAUGUGCUAUUGGCUGGAUCCUUGAUUAUUUCUCCCUACCGGAAGUGAGGAAAUAAAUCCCUCAACUUCCUUAUUCACUCUGCAUCUACCCCUGCCCCCUUUUCUCCUUCCAGCAGUCAUCUCCCUCAUUAGAUUAUUUGGGACACUCCACUUUAGUAAUUCCCGUCAGCAGGCAGUUUCCACUCCAAAGAGAGCAUCAGAAUUCCCCUGUCUUUUGCGUGCCAGUAACUUAGCAGUAGUGAUAAUUUAGCAUUUAGCAAUACCACAUGCCAGUAGCCCUGUAUCCUCGCACAGCCCACACCACACCAACAGCUGCUACUGAGCCAUGAAACUGUAGUCUUUCCAGUAUUGGGAGAAAAUAGUUUGAAACACUUUCUGUUUUGAAAUGAUCAUGUGGCUCCAUUUUACGCUUACUCUAAAUGCCAAACAACCUUGUUACCUGUAUAUGAUGUUUCCUUUACAAGAAUAUAACAAAUAUAUAGAAGGUACCAUCUGAAUCCUAUUGAUUGUAUCUUUAAAAACUAGUAUUUAUAGUGCACUUUAAACAGGACACGUAGCUUGACCACUUGUUUUUAUUAUUUUUUUAAGAAAUGUGUGUUUGUCUUCCAUUUCGUUGUAUAAUUCCAGGCACUUACACUCGGGCAAGUUCUGGCAUCAGUCAGACAAGUUAAAGAGGCAGUAUCGUCAGAGAAUUGCAGUUGAUCCAAUAGAACGUUUGCUUGAAGCAGGAAAUUGCAUUUUGUCCUUCAGAGCCACUACUGUUAUUGAAUUUCUAUUGUCAUGAGGCUGUAAUUUAACCCUCACCAUGCCAGUCAAGUAGGGGUCUUGCACCUGAAGGAAGAGCACAAAGUUGUGCCUAAUGGUGGACUCAGUUUGUCACAUCGAGUGUGAAAAGCUCAUUUCUUUUCUAUAAAGAAAUUACAUCACUCUCGCCUGGCAGAAUGUCACUCAUACCUUCUGCAUCUGCAGAUAAUAAGCGGCUGUAAUGGAAUUUAUAGUGAAAAGUGGUAUCUGCUAAGUAAUGCAUUUUCAGAGGCAAAUAGGUGUCUCUGCUCAGUGACAUUUGGUAUUUCUCUGUGCUGUUAUGAUAUUUAUUGACGUUCUUUGUUGCAUCUCCACUCAGUUCUGUAGCCCAGUGGACUUUUUUUAUGUUUUCUGUAUAUAAUAGAUUUACUGUACAAUAGCAUGCAGGAAGCCUUCUUUCUGCUGCAGAUGUUCCUUGUUUUUGCAUGCUGUCCUCUCAGAGAGACAAGAGCUCACAUCAAUAAAUUCUAUUAGAUGUU